CUGGCUGGCAUCGAUUUUCAUAGCCCCACUGCUCGCCCGCGAAUCGACCAGGGACUGACGCAGUCAAGGAGAGAGCUGCUCCGCACAAGCCAUCGCGGCUGCCAAAGUGCGAGACAUCACCGAAGCGCCCAGACAGAGAACAAGCCAAAAACCACUGCCAUCAUGCGGAUCAUAUUGCUGGCGUGCGCGACGACGCACGCCCUGAUAGCCCCGCAGCGGCGGCAACCAGCCAAAACGAUUCGCUACGUGAAGGUCGACACGGACAACUUUUUCUUCAAGGCGCUCGACGGCGCGAAGGAGCUCGCGUUCAGGGCCGGAGAUUUGUUGGAGGACGCGGGCGACGUGGCGAAGGACGCGAUGGACCGCGCGAAGGAGGCCCGGGCGCCGAAGCCGCCCGCCGAUGCCGCAGCUGCGAAGGUACCAGUCAAGAAGGCGCCGUUCGACCUCGCGAGCGCGUUCAACAAGGCACCAGCCGCGCUGAAGGUCGCCGCGCCGCCGGCCGCGCCGGUCGCCAAGAAGAAGGCGCCCUUCGAUUUCGGCGGCCUCGCGAGCGCGGUGCAAGCGAAGAAGCCGAGCGCCAAACAGGCGCCAUUUGAUUUCAAGGCAGCGAACGAGGCCUCCAAGGCGCGCGUCGACGCCGCGUUCGCGUCCCUCGACGCCGCGACCGACGCGCUCCAAGCGGCACCGGAGGCCGCCGCGGAGACGGCCGCGUCGUUCCUGAAAGCGCUACAGGGCGCCGCCGCGGCCGUCGCCAAGGCGCCCGACCAAGCCAAGGAGGCGCUCGACGCGACGACCGCCGCCGUCGAGGCCACGGCCGAGUCGAUUGCGGCCCUCCCCGACAACGUCAAGAGUACCGCGGACAGCGUCGGGUCCGCGGUCACGGGCACCGUCGACGCGGUCGCGUCCAUCCCGGAGAACGUGAAGAACACGGCGGACAGCGUCUCGUCGACGGUCAAGUCGACGGCGGACGCCGUGGCUUCCAUCCCGGAGACCGUAAAGUCGACGGCCGAGGCCGUGGCGGCCGUACCAGAGAAAAUUGGAAACGCCGUCGACAGUGCGGUGGCGACGGCCGAGGCCGUGGCCGCGGUGCCGGGCAAAAUUGCGGACGGCGUCGCUGGCUUUUCCGCGUGGCUCCAGAGCGUCCUGCCCAAGGGCCCGCCGCAGCUGCGGCCACCGCCCGACCAGCUCCGGUCGGCGCAACCUGCACCAAAGAAGAAGUGGGGCCGGCCGAUGGAGCUUCCAAAGGAGGAGCCGGUCGCGGCGCCACCAAAGGCCUCACCGACCGCCGCCCCGGUCAUCGACGUCGAGGCCUACGUCCCCGCGGCGACUUCCGAGACGGAGUGGGCCGAAAUGGAAACCAAGGAGCGCUCGGCGAAGAAGCCGGCGCCUACGUCGUAUUUGGACGGGCUCUAGGCCCUCGUCCUUUUCUUCCGGGGUGUGUUAAUCGUUUUUGUGAGA